AUGUACAUUGUCUGGGUUGGGCAUUGCAGAAUGCAACAUCGACCUUCCAAACGUAACAGCAAACGCCCCUUUCACACGUGGAGCGGAGGGGAUGUUUCUUUCACCGGGAAAGAAGCGCCGCUGGCUGUUGUCCAAGGAUGCAAUAUAGAUGUUUUGCUCGGCAGUCUUCCUGCGGAGAGGGAGGGCGACAGCGGCCGGUGCAGCAGCCUGGAAAUACGAUGUGUCCAAAUAAAGUGCGAGGCGGCCGCAGCGCUGCGGGGCUAUAAAUGAGCAGCGGGCACAGACUGCGGGCUUUUGCUGCGUCCGGACCAGGCUUCGCAUAGCAGCGCUGCUCACCAUGCCCCGGGUGGAUGCCGACCUCAAGCUGGACUUCAAGGAUGUCCUGGUGCGACCUAAGCGGAGCAGCUUGAAGAGCGAUCCGAGGUGGAUCUCACGCGAACCUUUACAUUUCGGAACUCUAAACAGACUUACACUGGAAUCCCCAUUAUCGCAGCCAACAUGGACACAGUUGGUACGUUCAAAAUGGCCGAGGUGUUAAGUAAGUUCGCCAUGUUCAUCACCAUUCACAAACAUUACACUCUGGAAGAGUGGAAGACAUUUGCAUCCUCGCAUCCUGAAUGUCUUGAGCAUGUGGCUGUAAGUUCCGGCACAGGUCAGGCAGACUUGGACAAACUUUGCAAGAUUCUAGAAGCAAUCCCAGCCAUCAACUACAUCUGUCUGGAUGUUGCAAAUGGAUACUCGGAGCACUUUGUGGAAUCUGUCAAAACUGUUCGGGCCAAGUUUCCAAAACACACCAUCAUGGCUGGUAACGUGGUGACAGGGGAAAUGGUUGAAGAACUUAUUCUCUCAGGAGCUGACGUCAUCAAAGUGGGCAUCGGACCAGGUUCUGUAUGCACGACCAGAAUUAAAACUGGAGUUGGCUACCCUCAGCUGAGUGCAGUGAUCGAAUGUGCUGACUCUGCCCAUGGCCUCAAAGGACACAUCAUCUCUGAUGGUGGCUGCAGUUGCCCAGGUGAUGUUGCCAAAGCCUUUGGGGCUGGCGCCGACUUUGUGAUGCUGGGAGGGAUGUUUGCAGGUCACGACCAGUGUGCUGGAGAAGUCAUUGAGAAGGACGGUAAAAAGAUGAAACUCUUUUAUGGAAUGAGCUCUGAUACAGCCAUGAAGAAGCAUGCUGGAGGCGUGGCAGAAUACAGGGCUUCAGAAGGCAGAACAGUGGAAGUUCCAUACAAAGGAGAUGUGGAGAACACAAUCCUUGAUAUUUUAGGUGGUUUACGCUCUACCUGCACCUAUGUGGGAGCUGCCAAACUAAAGGAACUGAGUCGGAGGACAACAUUCAUCCGAGUAACACAGCAGUUUAACCAAAUGUUCUCUUAGCCUGGGCUGUAAAGGUGAACUAACCAGAAGUUUAAUUUAUACUGGUUCCUCAUUCAACAUACUGUACUUGAAUAUCAUCUUUAUUCUUGCAUAGUGCAUUAAUUGGAAUUAUUGUCUCCAGGACCUUAUAACCUUGUAGAGCUGGGCUUCCAUAGCUGUCUUCCACGGUACAGUAAAAAAUGUUCAACAGCUGUGAAGCAGUUCUUCACUGAAGGUGAUAUCCUGAGGUGAAAAUCAACAAUAGCUUCUACCAAAUAGUUAUUAAAAAUUUAUGUACAGCAAUUUUUUAAAAUUCUACAUGGACUGCUUAGGAGAAUACAAUUAUGAAUGCUAGAAAACUAAUUUAUUUCAAGCAUGAUUUUAAUUGUAUAAAUUCUUUAGUGUUUGUAUUGUUCGAGGAUGUGAAAUAAAAAUGAUAUACUG